AUGAAUCCGGACCACACGUAUCAGUCGUCGCUGGACGACACGGCCAAGUCGGCCGCCCUGGGGUCUGUCGAUGAGCCCAAUAAGCUACAGGGUUAUGCGUCGGCCCCGGGGGUGGUCGAUGAGGUCACCCGCGUGGUGGACCACAAGGCCGAGCGACGCUUGUGCCGGCGAUUUGACAUGCGGCUGCUCCCCAUCCUGGCGGUGAUGUACCUCUUCAAUGCCCUCGACAAGGGGAACUUGGGUAAUGCAAAGACCGAUGGAAUGACCGAAGACCUGCACUUCAAGCCGAACCAGUACAAUCUGCUGCUGUCGAUUUUCUUCGUGCCCUUUGUGGUCUUUGCGCCGCCCUUCUCGAUGCUUGGCAAGAAGUUCAGCCCGGCGCGCGUGCUGCCCAUUCUGAUGUUCUCCUUUGGCUCCUUCACCUUGCUCUCGUCCGCAGCCAACAACUUCGGCGGCAUCUUUGCCCUGCGCUGGUUCCUGGGCAUGUCCGAAGCCGCCUUCUUCCCGCUGGUCAUCUACUACCUCACCACCUUCUACCGUCGAGGCGAGCUGGCCCGUCGGCUGGCAGUGUUCUACGCCGCGUCCAACAUCGCCAAUGCCUUCUCGGGGCUGAUUGCCUUUGGCGUGUUCCAGAUCCAGGGAUCGAGUCUACCGAACUGGCGCUAUUUGUUCAUCAUUGAGGGCGCCAUGACGGUGAUCUUCGCCGUGUUCGCGUACAUUGCCGCCGAAGCGAGCUUUCUGUCUGAGGAGGAGAAGGCGCUGGCCUUCCACCGGAUCCAGGUGGACUCCAGUGCCGUGGUCAACGAGCAGUUCCGGUUCCGCGAGGCAGUGGCCAUCUUCAAGCACCCGACCACCUAUGUCUUCCUGUGCAUUGAAAUCUGCCUCGGAGUGCCCCUGCAGGGCGUGGCCCUCUUCAUGCCGCAGAUUGUGGCGCGUCUGGGCUACUCGACCGUCAAGACCAAUCUCUACACGGUGGCCCCGAACGUGACCGGGGCGGUCAUGCUGUUGGUGCUGGCCUUCUGCUCGGACUACACCCGUCUCCGGUCCCCGUUCAUCGUGCUUGGCUUUCUGUUCACGUUUGCCGGCUUUAUGAUCUACGCGUCGAUUAACGACGUGCACCAGCAGCUGCAGGUGGCCUACUUUGCGACCUUCAUGAUGACCUGGGGCACCUCGGCCCCCUCGGUGAUCCUCAGCACCUGGUACAACAACAACAUUGCGCAUGAGGGUCGCCGGGUGCUGUUGACCAGCAUCGGCGUGCCGUUGGCCAACCUGAUGGGGCUGGUGAGCAGCAACGUGUUUCUCGACAAGGACGCACCUAAGUACAUGCCGGCGUUGAUUACCGUCUCCGCCUUUGGCGCAGUGGGAGCCUGCCUGGCCGGUCUCCUGGGACUGUAUAUGUGGUUGGAUAACAAACGCCGGGACCGCCGGGAUGGAGUGACGCUCCAGGCGCGGGAUAUCCCCACGGACCGCAUGCGAGACGGGCCGUCCUCGCCGCAAUUCCGCUGGUUCCUGUAA